AUGUCAUCUACGACCACAUCCCUCAAGCCUUUCAGUGUCGCGAUCAUCGGCGGAGGCAUCGGUGGCCUCUGCACUGCCAUCGCCUUGCUCAAAUACCCUCACAUCGACGUCCAAGUCUAUGAAGCUGCUCCAAAUUCUGGGGAAAUCGGCGCUGGUGUCGGCAUCGCACCUAAUGCUCAACAAGCUUUGGAGCUCAUAGCGCCAGAGGCUAGAGCUGCUUACGACAAACAUGCGACCGGCAACAUUUGGCCGAAGCAUGCUAAGACGAUGGCGAACUAUGUUGUGGGCGAAGGCGAACAUGAAGGUGAGCUCAUCCACGCUCAACUCAAUGCUUCCGGCCAGCAAAGCGUGCAUCGUGCGCACUUCCUCAACGAGCUUGUCAAAAUCGUUCCUUCCCAACGUGCGCACUUCAACAAACGCGUUGGUUUUCUCGAGGAUAAGCAAAGCGGUCCCGUUAUCUUUCAUUUCAAAGAUGGUACAACGGCUACCGCGAACGCGGUCAUUGGUGCCGAUGGUGUUCAUAGCGCUGUCCGUGCACACUUGCUGGGCAAGGAAGCUGCGAAGCCUGUCUUCGCAGGGUCGGUUGCAUACAGGGCUCUAGUACCAAUGGACAAAGCGGUGGAAAAGCUAGGGGACGAGUUUGCGGGGAAUGCCUUUUUUCUGUGCGGAAGAGGUAGGGUUCCGAUCUUUCUUUCAAUCUCAAGUUUCAGCGUGUUUGGAAGAGCAGUAGCCCAUGAGAGUAAAGGCAAGGCUUCACUCAGCUAUCCCAUUGACGGCGGCUCCCUCCUGAACGUCGUUAUCUUUGAUUUUGAACAAGAAGCCUGGGAAUACGAGAAGUGA